GCGAGCAGCGGGCUUCUGGUUAGUGCAGAACAGUAAACGAAACGGCGGAACAUGUUGAAAAACGGCGCAAACUACAGCGUGCAGACGGGGAGCGAGUAUGAGCCCAUCGGAGAGGAGAGCAGACCGCUGUUGGCAUCACAGGGUGUUCAAGCUAGAGGUGCGUCCUUCUGGUCUUCUGCCUUUAACCUGAUGAAUGCUAUCAUGGGUAGUGGCAUCCUGGGUCUCUCCUAUGCUAUGGCCAAUACAGGCAUCAUUGGAUUCAGUAUUCUGUUGCUGGUGGUCUCCAGUUUGGCUGCUUAUUCUGUCCAUCUCUUGCUGCUCCUCUGUGACAAGACAGGUGUCAACUCUUAUGAAGCUCUUGGAGAGAGAGCCUUCAACAGACCUGGCAAGAUUGUGGUGGCCUGUACUAUUCUCAUUCAGAACAUUGGAGCCAUGUCAACCUACUUGUUCAUCUUGAAGUCUGAAAUGCCUGCUGCAGUCACUGGCUUCAUGAGCACAGAGACUUCUGGAAAGUGGUUUGAGGAUGGUGUUGCACUAUUGAUUUUAGUGACUCUAAUUGUAGUGCUGCCACUGGCUCUACUUCCUAAGAUUGGUUUCUUGGGAUACACCAGCAGUCUCGCAUUCUUCUUCAUGUUGUUCUUUACCGUAGUGGUGAUGGUGAAAAAAUGGUCCAUUCCCUGCCCGCUGCCAGUUAACGCUACUGUGAACCUGAGCUUAAAUACCUCCGAAUGCACCCCACAGAUGUUUGUGUUCUCUCUCAAGAGUGCUUAUGCUGUCCCAACAAUGGCUUUCUCCUUCUUGUGCCAUACAGCAGUUUUACCCAUUUACUGUGAGUUACACAGACCCACAAAGCAGAGAAUGCAGAAUGUGGCGAAUGUCAGCAUCUUUCUUAGUUUUGUGGUGUAUCUGAUCUCUGCCCUGUUUGGAUACCUCACCUUCUAUACACAUGUGGAUUCAGAGCUGUUGAAAGGAUACGACACCUACCUACCGCGGGAUGUUGUGGUGAUAUCAGUUCGUCUUGCAAUUUUAUUGGCCGUUCUGCUCACCGUGCCGCUCAUUCACUUCCCAGCACGUAAAGCGGUGUUGAUGUUAUGCAGAGGAGACAGGGAGUUCUCCUGGCUCUCUCAUGUACUUUCCUGUUUUUUUAUUCUCACUUUUGUGCUGCUGCUCGCUAUUUUCGUUCCUGACAUUAGGAAUGUCUUUGGUGUGGUGGGUUCUACGACCUCCACAUGUUUACUGUUUGUGUAUCCUGGGAUGUUUUAUUUGAGAAUCAGCUCUGAGCCAGUGAGAUCUCUCAGUUCAGCAGGGGCUGUUUUGCUGAUGGUGAUUGGUCUGUUUGUUGGCGUUUUGAGCCUGUGUGUCAUCAUUGUCUCCUGGGUUCAAGGUCCCUGACCUUUGACAUCAUCAUUCUGGGACAUAUUGCAUCAACACAUAUGAGCUCAACACAUCCUACCUCGAGGAGAAACCAUAUUUUACAGGUUACACACCUUGCAAAGGCUGUUUUCUGAACCAAAAAAGGCAAUCCCAAUGAGAUGAGCCAGUUGUGCUCUUAUGACACUUCUAAUGUACU